AUGGCACAGGAUGGCAGAGGAUGGCAAUCCUCUGCCUUGGGAGAAGGACCCCCUUCUUGCAACGCCCAGCCAGCCGCCAGCCCAGCUCACAUUCAUCCCGCCAGUGGCCAGUCAGUCUUCUUGUCUUUGCAGCCUCACCAUCCACCAAAGCUACUACCAUCCACCAUCCAUCCACCAUCCAUCCACCAUCCAUCCACCAACACCACCACUACCACCAUCUCCACCAUCACCGCCAUCCUCUUACCCGCAUUCCCAUUCGAGCAUUAUACUCUCCAGAACCACCUCCUCCACCUCCACCACCACCACCCGACCCUCUUCCACUCCACCACCGCCAUCACCUCUUCUCACCCGUCUCCCUCUCCCUCUCCUGUUCGCUGGCUUCCAGGCUCGCUUGCUCUUGCCCACGUCUUGUUACACCCUGUGCUUGUGGACGAGUACCCGUCACGGUCAACCCCCCUCCCCCUAAAGUGGAACUGGGCAGACGAAGCAAAGCAAACACCUGCACCACCACCACCACCGCCAACCCUCCUGCACAACGCACACCCACGCCUCCACCCUGCCCUGGGCUAUCGCCGUUCUUGGACUGACACACCCAAAACGCUCGCCAACCCACGGGCCUCUCCUCUGACACUCCACCUCCCUCACACCAUCGUCCAUCACCAUCACAACAUCACUGUCAUCGCUACUGGUGCUGCUGCUGCUGCUGCUGUUGUUGUUGUUGUCGUUGUUGUUGCUGUGGCUGCUGCUUUCGCUCUCCGACCGUCGCCUCCCUCGAUCCCGUCCGUCUGCUACGGCACUACAACUGCAUCUGCAUCCACUGCACCAAACAUGCGCGAGGUCAACUUCAGCAUCCCCAAUGCCAACAAGGCCUCAGUCGGCAUCACCACCGCCCUCUAUGACCGCCGCGCCCUCGACUGCACCUCGACCCUGCCGCUCAUCAACUCGCUUAACCACCUCGCCUACCUCACCACCUCGUCGGCCCGCAUCCGCGAUAUCCUGACCGUCGAUGGCGGCAUCGAGCGCCUCAUCUGCAUCCUCAAGGAGGGCCGGAGUAAGGAGAUGAUGGACAUGUGGAAGUGGAAUCUGGCCUUCCAAUGCAUCUUCAACAUUGGCGUCCGCGGCUCCGAGAAUGUGCGCACCCGCGUCGUCGAAGCCGACAUGGUGCCCGUCAUUGCCACCAUUCUCGACAACUACAUCAAGGUCGUCGACAAGUGCAGGGCGCGGGCUGAAGCAGACCUGCAUCGUUCCGGCCGUCUUGGCAGCUCGAAUCGUCACCACUCCUCACGCUCGGGUGACAUGGCCUCGAGCGCUAGCCACCGAGCAGAUCGCACGCGUCGCUCUAUCCCACCACCCAUCGAGAUACCCCCGACGCCCGUCGAUUCUGCCGUGGCCGAAAACACACAACCACUGCCCUCCUUCUCGCUGAGCUCCCCGCCCGAGCGAACCACGUUUACGCGCGGACGACCGCCUCACCACCACCACCACCACCACCACCACCACCACCACCACCAUCACCACCAUCAUCGCAGUCACGAGGCCCGAGGAGCUGGCUUCGGCGCUGUCGGCACUACCUCUCGCAACAUCGGGCAGCCCCUCGCCACUGCCCUGCCCUCCAUGGACACGACGCCCGAUGCCUUUGCCCUACGACCGGUUCGAGAUGCGGAUCGGUUGCCGUCGAUGCUGCCUGCCCUGCAAAGGGAGAUUACCUCGCACUCGCAACCAGAAUCACCCACCACACCCAGUGCACCACUGGCACGUCAGUCGAGCCCGCGGCCAGCCCUCGCCCGUACCCGCCGACGACCCUCGAUCAGACACCAGCUGUCAGCCUCGGGCGACUCUGAUCUCGAAGCACAACAAGAUGAACUGUCCACGGAAGCCGUCGCAGCCGCAGGUCCAGCUGUGAGCGAGCCGAUUGUGGGCAUUCAAAACAACGAAAUCAACAUGGCGGACAUUGUCGACAAUGGAGAGCUGCUGGACGGCGGCGCCACGCCUGUGCCCGUGGCCGCACGCUCAGAAGAGACGGACGAGAACAACCAGACGUUCAACAUUACCCAUGUCCCGUCUUUGGAUGGUAGUCUGAUCAACCCCAUCAACACUCCGCCCACCACAAACGCCCUCCCAGGCUUCACGCCCAUGCAGCCCGCCAUCAGCGUCAUCAACGCCACCAACCCUCCACCUCCUUGGUACCCACGCUACACACAGGACCGCAAUGCUACAGCCGGUGUCCUGGCUGCCAUGCCUCGCGACGAAGACGUCCUCAUGUCUCUGCAGCUGCUUGCGUACGUGUCCAAGUACUGCAACCUCCGAACCUAUUUCCAGAAAUCCCAUCUGGUGCCCAAACUGAAGAUUGGCACCGAUCUGCAAGUCUUGGACGGCGAAACAUCGACGCCCAAGGCAUGCCGCGAUGAGGAGCUCGAGGAGGAGCUCGAGGAGUACGAACUACCAGACGACUUCAACAUCUUCCCCUUGGUCGAGCAAUUCACCGUCCGCCACCACACCUCGGACAUGCAGUACUGGGCAAGCGUGGUUAUGCGCAACCUUUGCCGGAAAGACGACUCGCGUGGCGGCAUUCGUCAAUGUGCGUACUACCAAUGCGGCCGCUGGGAAGAAUACACACGGCAAUUCGCCAAAUGCCGACGUUGCAGACGGACAAAGUACUGCAGCAAAGAAUGCCAAAAGAGCGCCUGGGUCUUCCACCGCCACUGGUGUGUUGCAGCGAGUUGA